AUAGUGUGAAAGGAAGAACUUAUGCAGUAGAAAGCAGAGUCGAUGUGUAUAGUAUACGUAUUUCUACAAUGAGUAUGAUUGUAUUAUAAAAGAGGGGAUAUUUCGCGUUCCACGAAUAUACUAAACUCUACUUUCCUAUAUCGGAAGACGACGCAAGUAAUCGAGGUAGAGUCAGUGAUUACGCGAACGCGUCCUCGAAUCUUUCUGAAUUCGUUUGACGUCAUAAUUUUAUUUUAUUAAGCAACAUGACCAAAGAUUGGAGAACAAUUUUUGUAACUGGAGGAGCGGGUUACAUUGGUAGUCAUUGUAUCAUUGAACUUUUAGAAAGUGGAUAUGAUGUUAUUGCAAUAGAUAAUUUUGCUAAUAGUGUAACUGAAAGUGGUGAAUCUGCAGCUCUUAAAAGAGUGGAACAGAUUACAGGAAAAAAAGUUAUUUUUUAUAAUUGCGAUCUCAUUGAUCGAGAUAAACUUGAAAUAGUUUUUAAUAAGCACAAAAUAGAUUGCGUAAUUCAUUUUGCGGCUAUAAAGGCGGUUGGCGAAUCAAUGCAAAUUCCGCUUCACUAUUAUCGAAAUAAUAUUAUCGGUGCCAUCAAUUUGUUAGAGGUAAUGAAAGCUGCUGGAUGUUUCCAAUUAGUGUUUAGUAGUUCUUGUACUGUAUAUGGAGAACCAAAUCAACUUCCAAUUACAGAAGAACAUCCAACAGGAAAUAUCACAAAUGUAUAUGGUCGAACAAAAUAUUUUAUUGAAGAAAUGCUUAAAGAUAUAUCGAGAGCUGAAAAGAAUUGGAAUAUUAUUUCCCUAAGAUAUUUUAACCCAGUAGGUGCUCAUCAAAGUGGUUUGAUUGGAGAAGAUCCUACAAAACCAUUUACAAAUUUAAUGCCUUACAUAGCACAAGUAGCUUUAAGACAUAAACCUGAACUUGUCAUUUUUGGUGGCGAUUAUCCUACAAAAGAUGGUACAGGUAUACGUGAUUAUAUUCAUGUUAUGGAUUUAGCUGCUGGUCAUGUAGCAGCAUUAAAUGCUUUAUAUAAACAACAUUUGAGGCUAAAAAUUUAUAAUUUAGGUACUGGUAAAGGUGUAUCUGUACUCGAAUUAAUUAAAAUUUUUGAGAAUGUCACAGGGACAACAGUACCAUAUGUUAUUAAGGAUAGAAGAGAAGGUGAUAUAGUAUCUAUGUAUGCCAAUACAGAUUUAGCAGAAAAAGAAUUGGGAUGGACAACUAAAUAUAAUGUUGAACGAAUGUGUGAAGAUUUCUGGAGAUGGCAAACAAUGAAUCCACAUGGUUAUCGUAACUCAAUAAAAAAUGGUAUUAAUGAAUAUACAAAUGGCACUUUGUAAUAAUGCUACUUUAUCAUUAUUAAAUAAAAAAACAAUGGUAUUUAAA